AUGGCAUCCCUCCUAAGACCUCUAAGAACCCAACCCAUCCAUCGAAUACCCCCAUCAAUCAGAACAUAUACAUCCCAUCACUAUCUCCCCAAAGACAUCCCCAUCGAAGAAGAAACCCUCCCCUACUACAACCCCAAGCAAUACUACCCCGUCAACAUAGGCGACAUCUACCAGUCCCGAUACCAAAUCAUAGGGAAACUCGGUUACGGAAGUACUUCUACGAGCUGGGUGUGUCGUGACCUUCGGUUCCUCAAAAUUUCCACUUCAAUACCGAAGAAGGACUCUCAUAACCGCGAGUACAAAGUGUAUGAACAUCUCGCCAACGUAGUUGAAAAGGGAUCUUUACAUCCGGGGCAAUCGUUGAUUCGCGAGGUGUAUGAUUCUUUUGAAUUGCAGAAUGCAGCAGUAUCCGAGGGAGAAGGGAGUAGUAUACACCAAUGUCUCCUCCUCCAACCCAUGACCAUGUCCCUUCACGAUAUGCUACAACUAACCUCUAGACCGUUCGAUCUCCCGCUGUUGAAAAUGACUAUCAAGCGGAUCUUACUCGCGUUGGACUUUUUGCAUGUGGAGGCGGGGGUGGUUCAUACUGAUCUAAAACCAGACAACAUCCUCCUCACCCUCCACGACACUUCCCUCCUCCCCUCCUUCGCCGCCGCAGAAUCCACAUCCCCAAGCCCUAGAAAGGUAUCAGACCCCCCACGUACCAUCUACAAAUCUCGCCCCUUCCCCCCUCCCAAAGGAAGAAACAAGAACUACGGCCUCCCCACGCUCUGCGACUUUAGCGAAGCGCGCAUCGGCACUGUACAGAGGGAUUCAGGACCCUUCAUUCAACCGACUAUUUACCGUGCGCCCGAGAUAUGGACCCUCUUCGAAGGCGAACACCUCUUCGGAAACGACAUAUUCAACCCAGUGACAGGCCACCACGAUCCAUUCCGCCAUGUAGCCCGCAUGGUAGCGGUCAUUGGAUCACCGCCACCGGGGGAGUUUGUAUGUAGGAGUGAGACCACGGCGCAGUGUUUUGAUGAGAGGGGUACCUGGAUUGCGUCCGAUGAAGCGCCUAUCCCCGGGGAUGUAUCUCUGGAGUCAUUGGAAAGGCGCUUGACUGGUACGGAGAAAGAAGUAUUUCUGGGGUUUAUGAGCGAUAUGUUGAAGUGGAUGCCGGAGGAGAGGAGCACGGCGGGGGAGUUGUUGGGGCAUGAGUUUUUGAGGUGA